AUUCAACAGCGCAACUAUAUUUAUCUUCUGGGUCCUCCCAUCAGCCGUCAUUGAUGGGAGGUAUUUCUUGGCCAUCAGGCGUGGUUAACCCAAUCGCUCUCAACAUGCAGUUCCCACACUUCCUCGGUUUUAUCCUCCUACUCUCCUCUCUUUCUUUGGCUGGUCCAAUCUCCCACCUCCUCAACGCUAGCGAUGAAGACCCUUCCCUCGCUGAGCGAGACAUCCCCGGCUGCUUCCCUAUAGGCGGAGGCGAUAUGCUCAGCUGCCCGGGCCAAAGCCCCGCAAUCCAAUUCGAGAAAAGCACCAAGAACUCAGCUCCCACCGGCAGACCAUGCAUCCUGAUCGGAGGCUCCGACUUGACCUACUGCCCCGACUCGGGCAAGACCUACGGCGGACGGUUCCCAAUCGACGGCAGAUCGCCAGACGACGCACCCUCUGUCUCUGAAGACGACAUCGAAGCCUCCCCAGCAAACCCCCCAACCACACCCUUCCCCGAUCCCCCCACCAAACGACAAGCACCCCAAGCCUCCGAGACCUUCGAAAUAACAUUCAACUCCGGCCGCAUCGUAACGCUAACCGUCCCCUACGGAUACCGCCUAAACCGCAUCAACCAACCCAGACCUGUAGCCCCGACUGCAGCCCUAACCGCAGCCCCCAAUGCAGGCCUGACAGCCCGCCGCUCCACCAUCACCUCCACCAGGGUCGUGACUGUAACCGUGCUAGGGCCUUCCCCGGCCGCUGCCGCGGCUCCAAAUGCCGGCUAUAGUGCGCUGCUGCCGGCUCCUCCGCGGCCUGCUCCCGAGCAGGAAGAGCCUCAGAUGGGGAUACCUUUUACGCCGGUUUCUGCCCCGUCGCCGGAUACCGCUGCGGAGCCUGGUGUGGUGGUUCCUACUUCUGCUCCGGAUGAUGACGGUGACAACGAUGAUGAUGAGGACGACGGCGAAUUAAAAGUCAUCCCCGUCCAUACUACUAUGUGACGGUGACGGUGAUUAUAACGAAGUGAGUGACGUAUGUAAAGACUUUUACUGCUAGCUGAGUGGUACCUCCACUCAGGUCUAGUCUGGUUGGUAGGUGUUUAUCAGGAUGUUCUCUAGUUUUUGCCUUUUCUCUGUUGGAAUGGUAUAUUGAUAUGUUUCCUGGCUUCUAGCGGGCUUUUCGCCAUCUAAUGCAUCCAACAAAGCUAUUCUUCUCUUUCUUGCGUUACAACAAUUUGAAAACACCGCCAUACCUGUCCCACGAAGUCUACGUUCUAUAUUUUGGCACUCACUACCUUUCUCUAUCCCAAGUUUAAUAACUUAAUCUUUGUCGCGCAUACGAACACCAUCUUACCUGUUACCUGUAAUAAAUCAUAAAUAAAAACUCCAAACCAUC